AUGGCCAACUCACCACUGGCAAGGGCAACAGGUGGAUUCGUGCUGGCAAAUACCGAAGAGCUCCACGAAAAGAUCAUCCAGCUCCAAGAUCGAAUAUCUAGCUUAGAGAAUGCCCUUGCUACCCUUCAGGCAGCGCAUUCCUCUCAGCCUCAUCCUUUGUUAAGAGAGGAAUUACUCGAGUUGAAAGCGCCACUCGGCACUGAGCUUGCCCCCGCUCAAUCCAAACGUCGGCGCACCGAAGCCACCAAUGCAGUAGGUGAAGAACAAGGGCCUGAAGUGUUGGACGCGCUUGGUACACUCACCAUCGAAAGUGAGGGGCGAUCUGUCUUUUAUGGUGGAACGGCGGGAGCCGAGUUUUUGCUCAAGCCUUCCGAGUCUCUCGAUGUAAAGCCGUCUAUCAGCUCCUCAGUUGGUCGACCUGGGUUUACCGUGAACAUUGAACUACAGCACUUAUCCCAGUCGUUCCCUUUUACACCUAUCCGGGGGAGCGAAAAGGAGAUCAAACAACAGCUCAGGGCACUGCUUCCUGCUGCUGACAAGGCUUGGACGAUUUGCGAGUUCUACUUCAUGAACGCGACUUGGCUAUAUAACCCCAUUCCAAGAAGCCAGUUUAUUGAAACGAUCUUCAAUCGAAUGUAUCGGACGCCAACUAACGUCGACGCAUGCAGUGCUCAUCAAUAUUCAGUGAUGUUUGGUAUUCUUGCCGUUGGUGUCCAACUUAACACCGAUCUCCCCCCACUUGACUGUAGCUCUGAGAAUACCACGGUAUCAGCUAUCCAAUCAAUCUUGCUGAUGUGUUACUUCUGCCAAUUGACGGACAACAAAGACUCCCCAAUGCACCACUGGGCACUCAUAGGUCUUGGUAUGAAACUAGCAGUCGGCAUUGGGCUUCAUCGAGAUGGUAAACGAUGGGAUCUAGAUCCAGCUGAAGCCGAACUACGACGAGCACUUUGGUGGGAGUUGAGAACGUUUGAUGCUUGGGUAGCAAUUGGGCUUGGCAGACCGCCUAGUAUAGCCGCCAUACAUACUGAUACAGAGUGGCCAAAAGACCCAGAAGCUAAAAUGAAUCAGGAUGGAUUGAUUGAGCCAAGUUAUCAACGUGUUAAAUUUGUGUUUGCGAGGUUGCUGUUAGAGGUUUUAGACGGGGCGUUUAGCGCUACUGCGCCAUCAUAUGAAAAAGUUCUGAAACUACACAAGCGCCUUCGCGAGUUCGAGGGGCCACCUCACUUGCACGUCCCGGGUUUCUUCGGCAAUAAAUACAAGGAAACAUCACUUUACGUAGAUAACUCACUGCAGCUGGAGCGCCAUACGACAUUCUGUGUCCCAGAAACAAUUCUAAUGCAUCUGCAUCGGAGCUUCUUCGCGCGUGCAAUAAGCGAGUCUCCGGAUGACCCGCUCCAGAGUCGAUACGCUGAGUCGGUCAUCGCCAUCCACGAAGCUGUUUUGCGACAUCUGGCGGCAGUCAGGAGCCUUUUCAGCUUACUUCCCAACCUUGCUAUGAGAUUUUGGUUGUACUGGAGCCAUGCUUUCUCGGGUGCGACCAUCCUCGCUGCGUUGGUCAUCCGUUGCCCUGGGUCAUCUUUAUCCAUAUCUGCAUUGAAAGGGUUGGAUGAAGUGUCAGAUUUAUUUAGCCAAGCGCAAAACGCUUGUAGAGCUCGAAGGGCAUUGCCCACGAUCUUGAAAUUACGCCAAAGGGCUCAUUACGCGUUUAAGGAAUAUCAUUCGGGCCACCCGACAAUUAUAUCAUUAGACGGAAGCCCUCCCGGAAAUUCGGAUAGUGGGAGAGAGGAGAAUACUCUAUUGGGUGGCCGGACUCGGGUUAUUACUUACCAGGGACAAGCUAGCGAAUACAGAAGUGGGCAAUCUACAAGUUCGACACUCUCUCCUUACUCGGAUGAGUCGGGUAGUGUUGCUUCGGGAGUAGCAGUGGGAGAUUCGCUAAACGACCACCAUUCUCUUGAUCCAUACUUGAAUACUUAUGCUCAGGGGGUCAAUAUGCAGCCUGGUUCUCUUUCGACUCAUCAUCAUAUCGAUCCAACCAACUCCGGCUUUGAUCCGGGUUGUGAUGCGCCUCUCGUGGCACUCCAUCCUGGCAUGCUUGGGCCUCAAUCGCCGACUUCAUACUAUAGUUAUCCUCCAACAGGGAAUUAUCCGUAUCCUGGCCAGCAACAGCCAUUACCUUUUUCACAUGACCCAGAUAGACAGCCUCCAACUCCCAAUAACGUAGACUAUACCUGGCAAGCAUUGAUGGCCAGCAUUGGCGUGCAAGGUAGACAAGCUUAA